CAAAAUUGAAAACAGCUUGUGAGUAUCAUCUAUGAAGUCAUACCAAACGUAAAUACACUACUAUCAGUAUCGAACGUUCAUGUCGAUUAUUUCAUGAACUAUGAUAAUGAGGGUCAACACUCAGAACUGGUUUCACUGAAAUUAAUUAUUAUUAGCAGCUCAGUUUUGUAGUUGUCAAUCCUAUCAGACCAGAUCGGGUUUUGUGUUGAUUGCUAGCAGUUAAACAUGCGAGUCAGAAGACUGUUACAAGUUACCAACAGAUGGUUCAAGUUUAAACAUUUGUGCAGAAGUUAUGCUUCACAGUACUAUCCUAUUGAUGACGAACUGUUUGGAUUAACUACUGAACAGAAACAGCUUCGAGAAUCCAUAUUCAAUCUAGCCCAGAAAGAACUAGCACCAAAAGCCUCACAAAUUGACAAAGAGAAUAACUUCAAAGAUCUGAGGUCGUUCUGGAGGAAAUUGGGUGAGCUUGGCGCCCUGGGCAUAACAGUGCCAUCCAAAUAUGGCGGCUCCGAUGGAUCCUACUUUGACCACGUGCUGCUCAUGGAGGAGCUGUCUCGCGCAUGCGCGGCAGUCGCACUCAGCUAUGGCGCACACUCCAAUCUGUGCGUCAAUCAGAUCAACCGAAAUGGCACCGACCAACAGAAACACAAGUAUUUGCCAAAGCUGUGUUCAGGAGAGCACAUUGGAGCCCUGGCCAUGUCCGAACCAGGCUCUGGCUCAGACGUUGUGUCAAUGCGGCUGAAGGCGGACAAAGUGCACGAUUACUAUGUUCUCAACGGAAACAAAUUCUGGAUUACAAAUGGACCAGACGCUGAUACAUUAGUGGUUUACGCAAGAACAGACCCGAACGCUGAGAAGGAACAGCAUGGUAUUUCCGCUUUCAUAGUAGAGCGAGGUAUGGAAGGAUUCUCAAACAGUCCAAAGCUAGAUAAAUUCGGAAUGAGAGGAUCAAAUACCAGCGAAUUGGUUUUUGAAGAUUGUAAAGUACCAGCUGCAAACCUACUAGGAGCCGAAAACAAAGGAAUCUACGUGUUAUUUAGUGGACUGGAUCUGGAGAGGCUUGUUUUAUCGGCUGGACCGAUUGGAAUAAUGCAAGCCUGUUGUGAUAUUGCGUUCGACUAUGUCCAUGAAAGAAAGCAGUUCAAUCAGAAAAUCGGGGAGUUUCAAUUAAUCCAGGGUAAGUUGGCAGACAUGUACACAGCACUGAGUGCUAGCCGCAGCUAUGUGUACAGCGUGGCCAGGGCGUGUGACAGAGGGCAUGUCAAUGGCAAGGAUUGUGCCGGAGUCAUACUCUUCUCUGCAGAGAAUGCAACCCAGAUGGCUCUGUCCGCAAUGCAGUGUUUAGGAGGAAACGGAUACAUCAACGACUACCCGACCGGAAGGUUGGUGCGUGAUGCCAAGCUGUACGAAAUCGGAGCCGGAACCAGUGAGAUUCGCAGGCUUGUCAUUGGAAGAUCAAUCAACUCUGUCUAUAGAUGAUAAUUCGCUCAAUAGUGAUAGAGAUUCAACGCUGUUUCCCUAAAAUCAAGCCAUAAAAGUGGAAAAAGAUGAUGGAUGGGAAGAGAUCCCAACACAAAAAUGUUUUGUCCUUUCAAUAAAUAUUUUCGUCAGCAAAAAGUUAUAGAGA